GACAUUUUUUUUAUAAAAAAAAAAAGACAAACUUUUAAAAGCAUGAAACUGUUUCUUUUGUUUUCUCUUAUUUCUCUCAUGCUACUGGAAGCACAUGGUUUUACCGAUGAAACUGAUAGGCAAGCGUUGCUGGAAUUCAAGUCUCAAGUAUCUGAAGACAAAAGAGUUGUCUUGUCCUCAUGGAAUCACUCACUCCCACUCUGUAAUUGGAAGGGGGUUACCUGUGGCGGCAAACACAAGAGAGUUACUCAUCUGCACCUGGGAAAAUUGUCAUUAGGGGGAGUGAUAUCACCAUCAAUUGGUAAUCUUUCGUUUCUCAUAUCACUUGAUCUCUAUGAUAACUCUUUUGGUGGUACUAUUCCUCAAGAGGUGGGAAACUUGUUUAGACUUGAAUACUUGGAUAUGGGCUUAAAUAUUUUGGGAGGACAGAUUCCAAUUGGUUUGUACAACUGCUCUAGAUUGGUGAAGCUUCGUUUAGAUUCAAAUCAUCUUGGAGGUGGUGUUUCUUGGGAACUAGGGUCAUUGACGAAGCUAGUUCAUUUAAUUUUUUAUGAAAACAAUCUGCAAGGGAAGCUCCCUGCAUCUCUAGGAAACUUGACAUCUCUACAAAAACUUGCAUUCUCAAAUAACAAUCUGGAAGGAGAAAUUCCAAGUGAGGUAGCUAAACUGACUCAAAUACAGAGUCUUCAAUUAUUUGCUAACAAUUUCUCAGGUGUUUUUCCUCCUGCUAUCUACAAUUUGUCUUCACUUGAGCUUUUAGGUCUCGCUUAUAAUAAUUUCUUGGGUCAUCUGAGACUGGAUUUUGGUAUUCUGCUACCAAAUCUUGUAUCAUUAAAUGUGGGAGGGAAUUAUCUCACAGGAUCCAUUCCAGUAACACUUUCCAAUAUCUCGACUCUUGAAAGAUUGGGAAUGAAUGAGAACCAUCUGACUGGAAGUAUUCCUACCUUUGGAAAAGCACCAAAUUUAGAACGGUUACUUCUUUAUACCAAUUCUUUGGGAAGUAACUCUUAUGGAGAUUUUGAAUUCCUCACUUCUUUGACAAACUGCACCAAACUAGAGGUAUUAGAGAUUGGUCAAAAUAGGCUUGGGGGUGACUUGCCUGUUUCCAUUGCCAAUCUGUCCACCAAACUCAUUACUUUUGACCUUGGAGGAACCCUCAUUUCUGGAAGAAUUCCUCAUGACAUUGGGAAUCUCAUAAGUCUACAAAAAAUUUUGUUGGAUCAAAAUAUGUUGAUUGGACCACUUCCAACCUCUCUUGGGAAGCUUUUAAACUUGAGGGUUUUAAGUCUACAUUCAAAUACAUUAUCAGGAGAGAUACCAGCUUUUAUAGGCAACAUGAGUAUGUUAGAAACACUCAAUUUGUCUAACAAUAGUUUUCAAGGAAUUGUUCCUCCAAGUCUUGGUAAAUGUAGCAAUUUGCUUCAUUUACGUAUUGAUUCUAAUAAGCUGAAUGGGAGUAUACCUCUGGAAAUUAUGCAAAUCCAACGCCUUGUUCUCCUAGACAUGUCUGGGAAUUCCUUGUUCGGCUCUCUGCCAGAAGAUAUUGGACAACUAGAAAAUCUUGGUACACUGUCUCUUGCGGAUAAUAGAUUAUCAGGGAAACUCCCAAAAACCAUUGGAAACUGUCUCACAAUGGAAAAUCUUUAUUUGCAAGGAAAUCAUUUUGAUGGAGAUAUUCCAGAUAUAAAAGGGUUGGUGGGUGUUAAAGAAGUUGAUUUGUCGAACAAUAAUCUCACUGGAGUUAUACCUGAGUAUCUUGCAAACUUUACCAAGUUGAAGUAUCUCAAUCUAUCAGUUAACAGAUUCGAGGGGUGGGUGCCUACAAAAGGAAUAUUUCAGAAUACUAGUAUAGUUUCCAUAUUUGGAAACAAUGAUCUAUGUGGAGGCAUAACAGAAUUUCAACUAAAUCCAUGCCUCUCGCAAGAACCACCAGUGAAGACAAAGCAGAAUUCCUCUCAUAUGAAGAAAGUUGCAAUUGGAGUUAGCAUAGGCAUAUCUUUGCUUUUUCUGCUGUUCAUGGCUUCAGUUUCUUUGAUUUGGUUCAGAAAAAGAAAGAAGAACAAGGAGACCAAUAAUCCAACUCAAUCUACCUUGGAGGUCUUCCAUGAGAAGAUAAGUUAUGGAGAUCUUCGAAAUGCAACAAAUUUCUUCUCUUUAAGCAAUAUGGUUGGGUCAGGCAGUUUUGGUACUGUGUUUAAGGCAUUGCUUCCAAAUGAGAACAAGGUUGUUGCGGUAAAAGUUCUAAACAUGCAGAGACGUGGAGCGAUGAAGAGUUUUAUGGCGGAAUGUGAAUCUCUCAAGGACGUAAGGCAUCGUAAUCUUGUUAAACUGUUGACAGCUUGUUCGAGCAUUGAUUUCCAAGGAAACGAAUUUAGAGCUCUCAUAUAUGAGUUCAUGCCAAAUGGAAGCUUGGAUAUGUGGUUGCACCCGGAGGAAGUCGAAAAGAUUCGUAGGCCUUCAAGAACCUUGACACUUCUUGAAAGGCUCAAUAUUGCCGUAGAUGUGGCUUCUGUUUUAGAGUAUCUUCAUGUUCGUUGUCAUACACCAAUAGCUCAUUGCGAUCUCAAGCCAAGUAACGUCCUUCUAGACGAUGAUUUCAUUGCUCAUGUUAGCGACUUUGGUCUGGCUCGUCUUCUUCUCAAAUUUGACCAGGAGUCUUUCUUCAACCAACUAAGCUCAGCUGGUGUUAGAGGGACCAUCGGUUAUGCUGCACCAGAAUAUGGGAUGGGAGGGCAACCAUCAAUACAUGGUGAUGUGUAUAGCUUUGGGGUUCUACUUUUGGAGAUGUUCACUGGAAAACGACCUUCCAAUGAGUUAUUUGGAGGAAACUUCACCUUACACAGCUACACCAAAUCGGCGUUGCCAGAGAGAGUUUUGGACAUUGCAGACAAAUCCAUCAUUAACAGCAAUCUCAGAGACGGUUUCACUGUUGCUGAGUGCUUGACAUUGGUUUUGAAUGUUGGACUUAGGUGUGGUGAAGAAUCCCCAACAAACCGUUACGCAACGAGUGAAGCCCUAAAGGAGUUAGUCUCAAUCAGAGAGAGGUUCUUUAAAUCCCGAAGAUCACUCAGACGUUGAAGUGUAUAUGACCUAUAUAAUAUCAUCUUUCACAAUCUCUGUUUUCUUACUCUAUGAAAAUUCCAGAAUAUUGUUAAUGAAUGUUUGUGUUAUUUGGAGACAAUAGAUGAAUGUUGUGUUUAGCAACUUUAUAGUUUAAUAAUCCUCAAUGUUCCCCUUUUUAAAUCACA